UGAUGGGGGGCUUUGUCACGAGGGCGGAUUGCUCAGUCAUCUCCUUCAUAUCCAGAAGCAGCCAGCCUCGGCCCCGCAAAAGGGCUCUGCGAGUGGAUCAGAGCCGGACUAGUUUGCCUCCUUCUUUCCCACGCCUGCAUCGCUCGCCCUUGUCUUCCCAGGAUGGGGCUCCGCGCUCUCGUGCUGCUCCUCUCGGUGGCCGCCGCCUACUCGGCGCUGAUCAGAAUCCCAUUGAAGAAGUUCCCUUCUCCACGCAGUAUCUAUGCUGAAUAUGGAACUGACCUGCAAGACCUGGAUAAGUUGGGAGAAAUGCUGAAAUACAAAUAUGGGGGUCCAGGUGCAGGUACGCCUACCCCAGAGACUCUGAAGAAUUACAUGGAUGCACAGUAUUAUGGAGAAAUUGGCAUUGGAACACCACCACAAAAGUUUACUGUGGUCUUUGAUACUGGAUCAUCCAACCUCUGGGUGCCCUCUGUCCACUGUCGCUUGUUGGAUAUUGCUUGCAUGCUGCAUCAUAAAUAUGAUUCUUCCAAAUCGAACACAUAUGUGCAAAAUGGCACAAAAUUUGCCAUCCAUUAUGGUACCGGAAGCCUCUCAGGAUUUAUCAGCCAAGAUACUGUAACGAUUGGUGACAUAGCUGUCAAGAAUCAGAUGUUUGGAGAAGCUACCUCAGAGCCUGGCAUCACAUUCCUUGCUGCUAAGUUUGAUGGCAUCCUUGGCUUGGGAUUCCCCAAGAUCUCUGUAGAUAAAGUGACUCCUUUCUUCGAUAAUGCAAUGAAACAGGGGCUACUUGACAAGAACAUGUUUUCCUUUUUUCUAAACAGAGAUCCAUCGUCAUCACCUGGAGGGGAAAUAAUUUUUGGAGGAGUAGACCCAAAGUACUACAGUGGAGACUUCAACUGGGUGAAUGUCACUCGCAAAGCUUACUGGCAGGUCCACAUGGAUAGGGUUGAAGUUCCCAGUGGUCUGACGGUGUGCAAAAAUGGCUGUGAAGCCAUUGUAGACACAGGAACCUCUCUCAUUACAGGCCCAACAGAUGAAGUCAAGGCUCUGCAGAAAGCCAUUGGAGCUAAGCCCAUCAUUAAAGGACAGUAUAUUCUUCCCUGUGAAAAACUUGCCACCCUCCCCAUUGUGUCCUUUGUCCUAGGAGGAAGAAGUUAUUCUCUCUCUGCAGAGAAUUAUGUCUUGAAGGUUACUGUGCAAGGAGAAACUCUCUGCUUGAGUGGAUUUUCAGGCUUAGAUGUCCCACCACCUGGAGGGCCUCUUUGGAUCCUGGGAGAUGUCUUCAUUGGUCCCUAUUAUACAGCGUUCGAUCGGGAUAAUGAUGCAGUCGGUUUUGCAAAGUGUACCGGCAAAGUGUAAAAGCUUCUGGUCACCACCUCCCCUAGUCUUUUUACACAGUGCACUCUUAAAUAAACACACUGGGGCUUUCCAUUGUGAUUUAUUAGCAUUAGGAAAAAUCAGAGACAUGCAAAGGAAAGAAACCUUUUAAAAUAUUAAUGAAAACAAUCAUAGAUUUUAUUUUCCUGUCCCCCCAAAUACCAGAUCAUAGAAGUUGUCCAGUAAAAUUAAUAAAAAUGAAAAGUCCCCGCAUUGUAUAUGCUCUUCUAACAUCAAGCUACUUGAAACACUAGCUGUCUGUGUACUUUCUGAGCAUAAAUACAGUAAAUCCUUAAUUCAGGGUAAUAAAAUAAUGUGCUAUCUUCAUACCAAAAAACAACACUCACACAUACACACAAAUUAAGCAAGCCAGUAAAUAUAGCAAAUUGAGUCUUCCGUAGUUGACUACAGUGGAAGUGCUAAGUAGUUGGGUGGUUACUAUUUAAUUUUACAUUUGUUUGAGCCCCUGUUUGCACUGUUGAAGAUUUGGAAGAUGGAUUGGCUAUAUUUCCCAUAUCAUGCGUGGGGGGUGGUCUGAAACUAAAAGGUCCUGAUUUACCAAUUUUACAAAGCAAGCAGCAAAUGUGGCUCUAGCUAGUUGAGAAUUAAUAGCAAAUAAUAUUCAUAGUGGGUAGAGGGAGGAGUAUUUCUAUAGCAUAUGACUGAGUUCCCCAGCUCUUUUUUUUUUUUAAAUGUCCCUAGUUGACACUUUGGCCUGAGCAACUCUAUUCCAGGAUUGAUUUAGUUUCACCAAUGUCUUGUAGACUUUCUCUUUAGAUCUACAACCCCUUUGUAUUUGCCAGGGUUUUGUUUUUGUUUUUUGAGGGAGGGAGGCGAUAGCUAUAAAGAAAAGUGUCCUUGUUGUGGUUUUUCCAUUUCUUCAAAACCACAGCGUACUGUCAACCAAGAAUUUUUUUGAGCCCUUCUAGAUAAAUGUGGAUUUGAAGAAGCAUCUAAAAACAUUUUCCUUUUAAAGAUCACAUCUUUUCUUUAACCUACAUAAUAACUUCAGUAACCCCCCCCCCCCACACACACACACACCCCUCCAGUAUUGUUUCUAUUAAGAAGAAGAAGACUAUUGUGAUUAGUUCUGUAAAACAUGCACUGUUUUGAGAUGUUUGUCUAGGAACCUUGCUGCUCCCCACAUGAAAACUUUUGUAGUUGGAUAUCUAGAGAUGUACACUCUCAGUAUUAGACUUGAACUCGUUUUGACCUGGCUGUGGAGUAGCUGUUCAGAGCAGGGAGGGGCGUUAGGUAGCUAGUAAGUUAAAUAGAAUUUUAUUAAUAUUCGCUUGAUGGAGAUUUUCAGCCCCUCUUAGCUUAUUUUGCAAUAUCCCAUAAUACUUGGAUCCAGGCCCAAGGUUGUGACAGCAAGGAUAACAGAAAGGAAGCCUCUUGAGAUUAAAAGAACAUAGGGCUGUUUGAUGUAAAGCCAAUAGCACUUACGGGAAUAUAUUCUCUGAAACUAGGUGAAAAUUCUGCACUUGCAAAGCAAUGCCAUAGGAAAGCUUGUGAAAGCAGGGGACUAGAAAAUAUCAGGAGUUUCAGCAUAGCUUUAUGACUACUAAAUGGUUAUCUAUUGGAUUAAUUAUUUCAGAUCUUGACUAGCAAUUAUGAUUCCUUGAAGUCUCCAGAGAAUUAGAUGGGAUGCCCAUUAAGAUCUGUAAAUACCUGGUUACGUUCCUCAGAAAGAUUUUGCCACUCAAAUCAUAUUAUGUUUGCAUCUGCAAGGUCAAAUAUUUCUUUGACUGAGAGGCAUCCAUAAAUUAUAUCAUGUUCCAAAUUACUCUGAGAUGUAAUGAAAUACUCUUCUCUAAAUUCUGCUUGGUGCUUCUCUCUUCUAAUACUCUUCAGUCAUGACUGCCAAAGUAAGUUUUCAUUUGAAAGCAUAAAAUGCAAACAAAUAUUCACAGAGCCAUUAGUUUCCACCAAGUGCCCAAGGCUCUUUAAGACAGAAAGGAUACCAAAAGUAUCUUAACACCUUCAGGAGUCAAUUUUAUUCUUCUGAACACAACUAAAAUGCCAUAAAAUUAAGAAGUAGCUCCACAGUCCUGAAUUGAUAAAAGAGGAAAGUAAAUGUACCACAGAUUUUGGGGAGGUGUCUUUUUCGUAACAGGAUAAGUUUUGUUUGAAUGCAAAUUCAGCUAUUAGAUCAAAUUUGCAUUAUUUUGAAUGCAAAUUCAGCUGUUAGUUUGCUACCGUUCCCCUGUUUUGCUUGCUUUUAUAAAUAAGUGGAAUGCUGUUACACUCUCUUAUUGUUGGAGUAAUACAAUCUGCUGUCAUAUCAGUUCUCAAUUUGUUAUAGAAACGAAAUAAAGAUUUUGUUCCCUACCACCA